AUCUAAUCGUAGAGCGGGAAAGGUGUGAGUGAAGAGGUGAAACGAAGAGGGCUUGCUGCCCCAGCCCCCCAGCACCCUGGGGGCUGACGGGCGGCCAUGGAUCUGUAUCUCAGCAACUGCUAUAAGGCUGCGGAAGCCUCCACCACUAAGGCGGCCGCCAGCAGCCUAGCUGCCGCCAGAGAGCAGUGCGGCACCGGCUCACAAAAAGAACCCAUUCCAGAGGUCGGAGCAGCUAAUCUAUUGGAUCUUCCUCUUGGGGUCAAGCUGCCUGUUAUCCCAGGAAGCAACAAUGUAUUCUACACUACAAAUAUAAGUGAAAAGCUUUACCAGCCUUCUUACGACUUUAACCUGACUGAUCCUUAUUGCCGACUUUUGGAAACCAGCUAUAAAAGUCUGCAUGAUCCACAUUUAAAAGCAUACUAUAAGCGAAAAGAUAUCCUAAAGAAAUUAAAGAAGGGCGGCUACAUCACCAACAAUAAUAAAGUCAUAUGUACUUUGAAAGAAUUGAAUAAGUACAGGCAGUAUCUGACUACUUUAAAAUUAGACUUUGAAAGAAACUAUAUAAAAGAACAAAAAAUCAUUGAAAAACAAGUAAAUAAAUUGAAUGAAACCAAGAGAGCCUAUGACAGUUAUGGAAACGCACAAUUCCAAGAAUGGCUGUUACAGGAAGGUACACACACAACUCCAGACCAAGAGCUGGUAAUAAAACACAGAUAUUUAGAUACGAUUAGUAAGGAAUUAGACAAGGUUGAGCACACGGCAGAAAAGCAGAGCACAUUCCGGAUGAAGGAAGAACUACAACAUCAGGACCACAUUAGAAGAAAACUUAGUCUCCGUAGACAAAUUGAAGAGGGAUGGAAGACAAAAGAAAUGCUUCCUCUAACCAAGAUUGGAGAAGAAGUAAAAAGAGAAGCCCGAGUUGAGGAACAACGUCAUAAACUCUGGGAGGAAGCCCACCGGAAGAAACAAGCACUUCUAGAGAAAAAAAUCGCUUAUCAUUUACAAAAAAUGCAAAAGGAUGACCUUAAGAGAGAAGGACCAGGGGGAAGUAUAAAUGAAAACAAAGGACAAGACAAAAGAGAAGGACCAGGUCACCGUUCUCUGAGUUUUGUAAAGGUUCCUGCCAAAAACUCAUCAGUCUUCAUAUCUUCUCAGCAUGAUGUACAGAAAAACAAAGCAGAACAAAAGAAACAUAAAGAAAUGACUAAAACAUCACAUAUUUUAAAUGAAGGAAUCAAAAGUAGCUCACUUCAAGCUCCAGGUGUUUCUGCUAAAACAAAUGGCCCCAGACAUUCUGUGCAGGCUAUUUUGAAACAAGAGGUGAAAUAUGCUGAUUUUAAUGAAGAAAGGGCCAAGAAAUCAAGCAUUAGCUCUAAGUCAGCUCAAGGAGUCUUUGCUUCUCAUGAUUCACCAAUUAAACAACAAAACUAUCAUAACUGCUGUCAAGGAAAAGUAACUUCAGAAGAACUGAACAGUAUAAUUCAUAAUAUAAUGACCUGGGUUGUGGCUGCAGUGACCAGUAUAUUAUACCCAGCCAUCACAAAAUAUGAAGAAAGGUUGCAAAAUACUACAUACCCAUCGUCUGAUGACUCUACCCUCUCUUCAAAUGGUGCGAGUUGCUGUAGCACAUGCAGUGAAAUGCUUCUAUAUGAACUAAGUAAGGCAUUUCAGGCAGAGGUCUGUACAGACACAGCUGACAGGUCACUACAGCAACCAGCAGCACCUGUAAGACCAUCUUCUGCCCACAAAGAAAGAACAGUUAUGGGAAAAACUCAUCACAGGAAAAGACAAUGUAAAACCUCUGGACCUAAAAAUAAUGAGACCACUGAAUCCCCCAAGAUUAAGACCUGCAAAUAUGAUAGUCACCUUUCUGCACUGAUUGAAACAGGCACAAAGGAAUCUAAAGAUGGCUCAGAACACCCACUGUCUACUGAUGAAAAAGCAAAAGUUGUAAAGGAGAUGCAGGAGUUAAAGAAUGUUUUUGAUAACUUUAAAUAUCAUCUAAAAGAGGAAACUGAGCUGAUUUUAGAAAAUACAUUUCAUGAAAUGGUGUCUGAAUUAACCCAAACCAUCCCCAUUCUUUCUUCUGUUAUAGGCAAAGCUCUGGUUGACCAAACUGACACUGACAAAGGAGACUUACUCUCCAAUGCCAAUAUCUCCUCAGCAGCUGCUGAAAUUAUGGAAAGCGUGCUUGAGAAGUUACAGUCUGCAGUUGAGAAAAAAUGUAUUGAAGCAUUUGCACAAGAAAAUUUGUCAGUUCACUUUAAAUCAGACUUACCAACCAGUGGAGAACAUUGCAUUUCUCCAGAAGAAAAAACUUCAAAAGCUUCACUGCCUUAUACUGUGGAGAACAUGAGUGAUAUUGCAGAGGAUAUGGUUCAUGUGAUUUUAGAAAAGCUGAGGGCUCUUGCAUCUUCUAAGCAAAAUGAACUUGCUCAUCUUGAAAUCACAACUGAAUUGGCUUAUCAACAACACAGGGAAGAUCCAAUAUAUGUGUCCCUUCAAAGAACCAGUAAAAGGAAAUCCAGUGCUGAACCUGAUGCAGCCAAUUUGAUUGGCCAAGAAGAAAUACAAAAUAUAGUGUCAAAUAUUUUUUCCCAGUCCUCUCUGGUUGGUUAUAUACAGGAAGCAAUCAGUACUAUAUUAAAUUAUAUACGAAUUGGACUUAAUAAUGAAAGGCUAAUUGCAACUAAAGAAACAAUGAUCAUCCUUCAGCUACUUGAUGAUAUCUUGGCUCAGCUACAUCAGAAACCACCAAAAACAGUUUUCCAAAAGAGAAGACACCCCAACCUAAGUAGUCCUUCUGGUACUGAAGAAGAGCACAGACUCACCAGCACUAGAGUAACUAAUGAUCCUAGAUAUGGAUGCCUGUUUCCACCUAUUAAUGUUCUUGGCAUGGUUCUUUAUUCUGAAGAUGAAAAUAAAGAAAUAGAUAAGAUUGUGGAAAAUGUGCUGAUUUCAUCUAUCAAAGGUGAAAAAGCAAAAUUACAAGAACAGCUUCCUGAUCACUGGUUAACAAGGGAAAAUCCUGAUUUAAAGCACAAAAGAAAUAUGAACUUACCUACAAAGUCUGCUUCUCAAGGCAAAGUAGCAUUUCCCGACUGGGGAUUAAAGACUGACCUUCCAGUUUUUGAUAAUAGGGACGUUUUUAAUGAUAAUCCAUGUUUGAAUAAUGACCUUUUGCUUCUCGGCCAACAUGUAAAGCAUCAAACACAAAAAGCCUCAGAAAAUAUAAUUACAAGUAUUUUAGCAGAGAUGCUCAAAGACAUAUCUUCUGGGCCCUCUGGUCACCUAGAUUAUAAAAAUGAUAAGGAAGCUUCACUUCUUACCUCAGGAAGCCCACAAGAUCGGUCCUUUCAAGACUGGAUGAACCAGAUGUUCUCUGUGUCAGAAAUCCAAAGAGUAUCUCAAGAAAUUGUAGAUGCUGUAUUAAAAAUACUUUACAUAGCUUGUAGUCACAUUAUCAGCCAUUACUCAUCAGUACAUGAAAAUUCUCUAGAUAAUGCUGACAUACCAAAUAAAGAGCCAUUAGAAAUAUGGUUUGAGAGUAAAGGGAAGAUGAAAUUUUUAUCUUUACUUGGCAUAGACCCUACAAGAGAUCCCUGGUUAGAACCUGAAGAAAGUGAAUCAACACCUGAACCUAUAGUUCACAUUAGUGAUAAGAUCAUCUAUACAAUUUUUAAGAAGCUAAAAUAAUUUAUGUGUCCAAAAUUGCAAAACUGCUUUAAACUAGAAAGCCAUGCUGAUCAUUCAAAGCCUGCACCUGACGGGAAACCAUUUCAAUCUCACCUUGGUACUUACACAACUAAAGUGGUAAAAAUUGUUUUGGAUGUAAUACAGAAAGAACUGAAAUAUAAUAAGAAAAAUCUAAAUCUUGGGAAGAGUGGCUCUCCCAAGGACUUUAUAGAUACAGGAGUUUUUGCUGACUAUGAAAAGAAAUUAGACUCCGUUGUCACAAGGCUAAAUACUGACAUUAUGAUAAAUUCAUUAGCAACUUGUAUUUGUGAGUUGUUAAGUGGAAAUACAGGUAAAAGCAAUGUUAUGCUCCCUUCAGAUAAGCUAAGGUCUAAAAUCUCACAUGAAACUGCUGACAUUGAUCAACAAUGUCAUUGUCCUUGUAUGCAAGAAGAAGUUGACAAAUGUACCAGAUUGCAAGUGUUAGAUAGAAUCGGGGAUACCUUAUAUAGCAUGUUACAUGAGCUCAUAAGAGACCAUCCAUGUUCUCCCCCAUCUGAUGAACAAAAUAGAGAGUGGAUCAAUGAGAAUUUGAGGACAACCACUGCACUGCAGUCUAAUAUUCAGCUCAUUUCUCAUACAAUUCUAGAAGAUAUCAUUAGAAAAUUAUGUAGUGUUGAAAUGGAUCACAGUUUCACAAAUUCAGAAUUUAAAGCUAUCUCAGAGUAUAUUGAUACUGACAGCCUAUCAUUUUCUUUGCUUAUUGAGGAAAUGAGCAGAUGCUUUGACAUAAUCUCCAGCAUGGUGUCCAGUAUGAUCCAGCCAGGUAGCAAAGAGGUGACUAACAACAAGGAAAAUACACCUGCCCACAAAACACAGACCACAAAAGUAAAGCAUCAAGAUAAACUGGAAGUCAUGGCUUCAGAGAUCUUUGAAAUGGUUUUUGCUAAAUUGAAAGGGUUUGCCAAUAGAAAUUUAGAAAUUCUGGGCACUACAAUCAGUGGAAAUAAAAAGAGCAACAAGAGGUACUGGGAAAGUGAAAGUAUCAACAUUUGUACAAACACACAUGAAAGACAAUUGCAGUCUGCUUUAUAUGUGCAUGCAAAGAAAGUAUCAAGUACUAUUUUGAAGGCUAUGCAAACGGAAUUAAAUGUGAGCUUGCCAAAUUUUGAAACAGGUAUGACCAAGCCACUACAGGAGAAAGAAAUGCUUAAGAAUCUAGUCAAUUUAAUUUUAGAUGCAGGGCAUCCACAUAAGUUUAAUGAAACUGAACCAGAAGAGCAAGGCAUUGAAAAUUACAGAUACAGGCCAACCUAUGGAAAUUUUCUUCCUGGAGGAGCUGACCCAGAAUCUUAUCUAGAAGAUCUUGCAGAUAUAGAGAAAGAAAGUGCUGGAGAAGAAAGACCAUCAGAAGAAACUAAAUCAGAAUCUCUUAAGCAAUGGUACCUAGAAAGAACAUUUUAAAAAAUUGAAGUAGAACUCAAAGAGCCAGGAAAGUCCCCAGUUGUGCCCAUUAUAAGAAAUAUUUUGAAUGAAAUUUUUCAGAAUCACUUAAUUGAUCAAUUAAAUGUGCUUACUCUCUCCCAGUCUCAUUUAUGGGACAUUCCUCAUGCCGGCAGUAAGCCAUUUGCUCAAAAAUCAAUUCAGUCUGUGGAUAAAAGAAUGGAUCUUUUAGUGUCUGAAGCAGAUGUAACUGUUGUUGUAGGUAAUAUUGUUAGAACCAUACUUAAAAAACUUUAUUUUGCAGCCAUGACAGAUAGAAAUGCAAAUGAAAAUAGAUAUAACACUAUCACCUGCUUGGCAAAUAUCUCUUUUCCUGAACAUUACAGUGGGGAAAAGGCCUCUGUUCAUUCUACCACACUGGACAGAAAUCCAGGUACAUUUCAGUCUACACUCAGUAGUGGUAAAAUAACCAAAAUGAAUGUAGUUGAAGAUAUUAUACAGUCAGUAUUAACAAAUCUAGAAAUGUUUGCUACUUCCAAAGUAAAAGCUCUCUUUUGUCCUCAUAUCAAUCUCACAGUUCCAAUAGCUUUGCCUCUACAGCACGAUGAGACUGCUUUAAGCCAACCAUGGCUAUCAACCAAAGAUUCAUAUUCUGAUGAUCAAUGUUCCUGUUGCUCAGUGGAUCAUAACAAGUCUGGAGAGACCACCUCAAUAUGUCACCCGACUGCCUGUAAAUUAAAUAGAUAUGCAACAGAAGUGGCUAGACUAAUUUUACAAGGAAUCAAACAGAUUAAAGAAAUGGAAAAUCCAUUCUUAGCUCAUAAUAUUGCGGUUUCUGACAGGAACCCAAGUCAGACUGUCAACACAGUGUUAAGUAUUAUGUCUACUAAAGGUAAAUAUGAAAAAAACACAUUUGACAGAGCGAUUGAUCUAAGUUGGCCAGAAGAUAUUGUUGAAAGGCUGUUCAAUAAAAGCGAUUAUCGAAAAAAACUUCAACUUCAAAUACUAGAUACCAUUGAGGGUAUCUUAAGUGACAUUUGCGAGAAAACACUAGAUGAGAAUAAUGUCCUACUUGCUGAAUCCACUCUUAAUAAACGUAAUACAAGUGGGACAGAAGCAAACUCUGAAACAAACGCCAAGUGUGCAAAUAAGGCUGUUCCAAUGCUUUUAGUUCCUAAGUCUUGUGUCGCUAUGAUUUCCAGUGAUAUGGUGAAUAUUGUUCUUCAAAGUCUCACUUCUGCUAUCAUGCUUGGUGUAAAUGCAAAGGAUUCUAUUUCUCCAAAAUUGCCCCUGAUGUUUUCUGGUGUAUGUCCCAAAUCAGAGCAUCAACAAUCUCCUGUUAUGGACCCAGUGAAUGAAGGGAAAAGGGAGAUACAUCCAUUUGCAAGAAAGGGAAGAGAUGUACAGCUGAAAUCAGUCUACUCUGAUGAUAAUCAGACAACUGUACUUAAAAAACAAGAUGCCAAGAAAUAUGCUUCUGACCCAUGUGAAGAAAAUACUCACUUCAUUACUAAAACCAUUUUGAAUAGAUUAAAAUCUUUUGCCACAGAAAGAAUAGAUUUUCUACUUACUCUUGAUAGUCAGACUAGAGAAACCAUAGUUUUCCCAGAACUUACAAAUUAUAAACAAAACGACAGUCUAUUUCUUGAAGCAAACCAAAUGCCAUCAGAUGUGAGUAUCCCAAAAAUCUCAACAGCCAGAACCAUUCUUGGUCAAGAUGUCACAGAUUACACAUUUGCUAAAUAUAGGGAAAAACAUAGACCUCCAAUUCAUAUAUUACAAGGUAGUCUUAGGGAAUAUGCCGACAUAAUUGCAAGUACCAUUUUGAUGCUUAUAAAAAAUGACAUAGAUUUAGAAAUCCAAAAGAUGUAUUCAUAUCCAAACAAUACCUCAUUCCAAGAAACCAUAAUUGUGAGUGAAACUGUCAACAACAUCUUCAAUAGUUUACAUGAUAAAAUAUCUUUAAAGGCAAAUAGGCUUUACUCACAGCAGAACCCUAAUCUAUUUACACAACUAGCUGUACAAAAUGAAAUAUUGCCUGGUCAAAGAAAGAUGGAAGACAACACUGAACUAUCUCUUUUUUCAAAAUACCCACAUCAAAACCAAACUCUAUCAGAAGCAGAAAACCUGAGAAGGGUUUUGGAAGAGAUAUUUAAAAAUGGAGAAUCUAGACAGGAAAAAACUGCUUUGUUAAAUACAAUUAAUGAAAUUUUAAAGAAGGUAUAUCAGAGGGUAAUGGAAGACAUAGGCCAUUGCCCUCCAUGUAAUGAACUCCCCCACUUUACAUCUGAUUCUAAAAUUAAAACAUCAAUAGCAGCACACAAAAAACCCUUGCAGUCAUAUAUAAGCAGUGUUGCAAAUGACAUAGUAGAAAGUGUUUUUGGAAAAAUGUUCUCAAUAGUUAUGACAUCCUUAUAUGAAAACAAUAAGGUCAGGGGAGAACUGGAAGCAUCUGGCAGUGAUGAAUUACUGGUGAAUCCAUCAUACUUUCAAGACUUGAAACAAGCAGAAAGAAGUGUUCCCCCUGAACAUGUGAUACUGCAAGUUUGCCCUUCUACAGGCAUUAGAAGCAUGACUUCUUUGGAAAACACCUUACUGCAAACUUCUCCAUUGCAAGUGGGUGAAGAAUUGGCCCAAAAGGUUCUCAAAAAGAUCACAAAUUUUGUUUUACAAAACCUAGAAGAGAAUUUGUCCCCUAAAGAUCAAUCUGAUGAAAUGCAAUCUCUGAGGCCAUGCAGUUCUAAAGCUAGUUCCAAAGGCAGCUCUAAUGCGAGUUUUAAAACACACUUUAAAGCAAAAUCAAAAGUUCUCUCUUUGCCUAAAUUUGGAACAAAACCACACCUAGAACCUAGUGGUGCUAAAGCCAAAAACAGGACCAAGUUAAGUCCUAGAGAGAAGACUUUAAGAGGCAGUCAGUCCAAUACUGGCAUUGGUCUGCCAUACCUGCUAUCAACAGGGGAUGCUAAAAACCUUAGUGAGAAAAAACUCCCCACUGCGGAACUAAAAAUGUAUGCCAAGGAUAUAGUAAGCAAUAUUCUGGAAACAAUUGUAAGUGAAUUUCAAAAGAUGAGGCAAAAUAGACUAAUGGUAAAUAUAAACACUUUAACUUCUGAUCAAAUCUUGACAGCAAGCAAAAUAGUUAAUGCAGUUUUGCAAGGAUUAUAUGCUACAAAGAACAACAAGUUGGCCAGCCAAACAAAAGGCUCAUACUCACAUGAUCUCAAACUUUCACAGACGAAUUUUAGGGCAAUCUCUCUUGCAAAUCCAGAAGCCCAUUUGUCUUUGGAGAAUGUUUCUUCGCAGCUAGAGAAAGUCUUUCCUAAAGAAGAUAUUUUUAAACAAAUGCUUGAUAAAUGGCAAACAGAAUCAAAUGACAUAGAAAAUGAAAAAUGUAAGCUAUUGAUGAUAGCUGAGACUGUUUUGAAUGAAAUUUCAAUGAAAAUAAAAGAAUUAGAACAAUCUGUUUCACUUUUAAAUUUGUCAUCUCUUGAUGCUUGUGAAAGCAGGUACAACUUUAAAAAAGCUGCCUUUAGAACUGCAGGUUCCCAAGUACAAAUUAACAUAUUUGGUCAGGAAAUUGUUAAAAAGCUAUUUGAAAAAUUAGAGGUGUACUUCAUGACUCAGAUGUUCAUAACAGAUGGUGAAGAGAUGCUAGAAAGCAAGAAAGAAACUACUACUAGAAAUCAAGGUGGCUCCUUAACAACAAACAUCCUCAACAGUGUACCAACAUAUAACACAAAGUUGAAAGACAAAAUAUUUGGGGGUUCUAGCCACCAAAUUGCUCAAGAGAUCAUGGAAGGGGUUCUGAACACCUUAGAAUCAUUUGCAGACCUACAGUUUAAACAUAUCUCUACAUAUGCUUUUUCUGAAAUUGUGAAAAUACCUAUUGAAAACUUUUUUGCUGUCCAACAGAAGCCAUUAAUGAAAACGAUAUUGCCCAAGUUACAACAACUUAAUAUGUUUCCUGAUGAAUCUAAAUCAAGUAGUAUGAUCUCCCAGGAGAACAUGAAGACGACCCUUCGACAGCUUCACUCAUUCCAUUCAGAGCUGCUUACUUAUACUGCUAAUACUGUCAAUAACAUGCUUGGUAUAAUUAAGAACAAGCUAGACAAAGAAAAAUGCCAAAUGGAACCAUCUUCAAGUCAGAUUAUCAGCACACUGAUGGACCAGUGUACUCAUUUCUAUGAAUCUAUGAUAAAAAGCCAUCCAAAGGAAAAUCUGCUCCAAUUAGCUGAAAAUGCCAACACUGCCAAUUGGCACAGGUUUGUAACUGGGAUGGGAAUGUUCACUUCAAAGUCAAAGGGAGUUAGCUGUGGGGAUGAUCUUCCACAAAUCCCUGGCUUGUAUUUUUAUUCAGAGGAAGAUAGAAAAGUAAAGGAUAAGAUUUCCUCAAAUCUAUCUUCAUAUGUCAGAUACUCUGCAGGUGAUACACCUAAAUCCAGAAAGCCAUUGGAAGGGCUUGAAUCAGAACUUAAACCAUUAUAUUCUAGAAGUGAAGGCCAAGGCCUCAGCCAUUUUGAUCAAGCCACGAAAGGAAACAGCUCUCUCCCAGAAGGCAGCAUCUUACAAAAACCAUCUCAGAAAUCUGGUGACUCUGUGCAAGCAGCACCAGAGCACUCCACAUCCUUCAUAGAAAUGCAAGAAGGUGAAAAUCAAAGAGUUCAUCACUGUGAGUUCCCAAAACCAGUUGUUAAGCUAAACCAAAAACAGACAACCAUUUCUCCACCCAAAAUAUGUGUAGCUGAAGAAAAUAUUGUCAAUACGAUGCUGAUGAGUUAUGGCCUCUCAAGUCAAACCCCACAAACUAAUGAAAGUAUAGAAACAAUGAAGCCAUUUUUUGUAUCAAAGGAAAAGCCUUUGUCUCUAAUGUCUGAAGAACAAAAGGAUAAUAAAAGCCUGCUUAAAAUAUGGGAAAAAAAGAUCAGCUCUAAAACCAAAGAAGAAAACAGAAGCCUUAUAGCAAGUGUAGACAAUUUCACUUUACUGGAAAAAUGGAAAGAUAAGUACCAAAUAUUAGAAAAAACAGCACCUCUUGAAGAGGCUGAAGUCAUUGCUUUUGCAGAUCAAGAACUGGGACCACAGGAAAUCCAUUUAGUAGCAAGAUAUGUUACUACAGCUGUGGUCACACAUUUCAAGAACUUUGAAGCCAGAGGUCUUCUUGAUGAAAAAGUAUCUAUUGUUUCCACACCGUUAAGGAAAAAAUAUGAAUCAAAGCAGCCUCUAAAAGACAUUAACUAUGAUUCUUCACUUUAUCAAUUUUGUGAACAUCUCACUGAACUGGUUAUUUCCUAUAUAAUUUCAAGCAUUUAUGACUGUACUGAAGAUGGUGAAACAAAGCAGAAAUCACUGGAAAACCAAGAUGCAGCAUUUAGCAAGGUUAUUCUAGUUCAUUCACAAGUGUUUGCAAGUUGGUCAAUUUCUGUCAGAGGACUUGCUUUAAACAUUUCUGAAAUCAUUAUUCAAAUCCUUAUUAAUAGUGACAUUUUAAAGGAAGACAUUACACAAGUGGUUUCUGUGAAAACAAAAUAUAUUUACUGCCCAAGAGUAGCUGCGGCUGACUUCGGUGAUCUCUUUCAGGAUCUCUUAAUAGGAGUGAUCCAUGUUCUGUCCAAAGAAAUAGGAAUAAAGCAUCAGCAUGGCAGCAGAGAAAGAAACAAGCCACUCUCCAUGCUUAAAAGCCAUAGUUUGCCCAUUUGCAACAAAACCAAAACUAUGAAAAAACAUACAGGCCCCAGAGGUUGGGAGUCAGCUCCUACUCAACAAAUUAAUCAGCUAGCACAGAAAAAUAAACUAAACUCACUGGCAUGUAAGUUAGGCACUCUGGCUGGUAGCCUAAAAACUCAUGGAUCCAAGGAGGUAGUCAAUAAAAUUUUCAGUAUUGUUUUCAAUUUGUUUUUGCCAGAUGAAUGCCCAAAUUGGGACAUGAAUUCCAAUAAAAUACCAAGAAAAAUGUUCCUAUCUUCAAAUAAUCAGCAAAGCCUUAGAAUACCUAGAAAUAACCCAGGACUCUCCCCCAAAUCAGCUUUUCUUCUGAAUGUUGUAUGUGAGAAACUUACUAGAAUACUUUUGGAAGAAUGUACAGCCAACAACUUCCUUACAGAUAGCCCUCCUUCUGAUGAAAUUUCAGUAGAAGGUCAACUGUUCAACAUACUACAAAAUGUAGAGGAUUAUUGCAGGGAAACUAUGGACUCUGGUUCACCAUUUGAAGAAUAUGACAUGUCAGACAUUUUGGAAGAUCUGGCAGAAAUAAAUCAAGAAUCUAUGCUUAGUAUUACUUCCCAUACCUUGGUAAAAUCCUUAACAGAAAAACUGUCAUGUGGUAUACAUCAACCUCCCAGAAGUCCACUUUUUGCAAGCAAGAAUUUAACGUAUAGUACUAGAGAAAGACUCCCUAGCUUCCCCAAAGGAAAAAGGCCAGAAUUAAAAGAAUCAAGACUGGGUAAACACUCUGUAAGAUUCGUGAGUUAUGACAGCAAGCCUUUGACAGAACCACUGAAUAAUCCCAGGGUGAUACAUUCCAAAACACAAGUCCAAUUUUGUAAGCAAUUUUCAGGAAAAUUCCCUCCUCUACCUCCUCUUCAAAGACCAGGUAAAAAAGAAUUGAAUGCAACAGCCAUUCUUAACAUGAAACAUUCAGAAUGCAUGUACACAGGGGUUUACUCUGCCACAUUUCUGGAGGAAAUAAUUGCAGACAUUUUCCUUAAUCUCUCUACCUCAUUGCAGGGCAAAAAUGUAAACAUCACUGAAGCUCAGCUCAAUGAGAUAAAUAUAUUAGAUGUCAACUCUGUAGUGAAUGAAUUUAACAAUGCUCGAAUCACUGUUUUACAGGAUGUUGAAGAAAGGAUAUAUUUUCCAUCAAUCAAUAAAGAAACUGUUAGAAAGAUUGUUGACUCAGUUAAUAAUGAUGUUUCAUGGGAAUAUGCAUUACAAGUUACCAGUGGCCAUCAUCUGACACAUGCUACCACCUCAAUAGCAGAACAGAUAACUAAUGGCAUAUUGAAAAAGAGUGUAGACUACCAGCUCCCAUUGUGCUUUGUAGGAAAGAUCAUGCUUAAUUCAUAUUACCCUCUUAAAGCUGAAAAUAUAUUGCAGAAACUUCAAAACAACCUGAGAGAACUUAAUUACCAAGGUCAACAUUCAGCGGGCUAUACUACCAUAUUAUCACCCUCAUUUUUAGAAGAUGUCAUCAGAAAGCUAUUAUUUCAGCUCAUUUCUCCACCCUGCAAGGCUUCUUGCUUUGGAAAGAAGUAUUUAAUGACUUCAGAUUUUAAUGAGAUGCCCACCUGUAUAAUAAAUAUGGUUUUGUUAGCCAUUUCAAAGCAUAAGAUUUGGCUCACUAAAUAUGAUUGUCAACAUCUAUAUACAGAAAAAAACCUUCAAAAUAUGGUGGAGUCUGUUUAUAAUAAUGUUUUACAAAUAUCUGACUCCCUUGUGUCAAUACAGAAAAGUAUAGUAAGCCAAAGCCCAGUUAUGCUUGACCGAAUGGCCAGUCUCAUUAUUCAAGAGAUUAUUGACAAUCAUCUUCAACCCUUUUUGUGUGGAGAGAGCUUACCUUGUUCAAUGACUCCAUUGGAUGAAAUAUCAAAUAUGGUUAAAGGGGUUCUCAGUGAGGUCACAGAGUCACAUAGACCUCUGAAGCCAUCACUAGGUAUGGACUUUUAUCCUAAUGCAUUUGUAGAAGAUAUUGUUGCCGGACUAUUAUCAAAGGUCUUUAAUCCAAAAUAUAACACUGAAUAUGAACUGGAUAAAAUGACCCAAAAAGUAGUAAACUCAAUAAAUAACCAUUUUAACCAAGCUAAAAUCUGCAUUCUUCGUGAUGACCAAAAACAGUCUUUCCCCACUGUAGAUAUAGACACUGUGGAUAAACUCAUCAAUUCAGUUUAUGAGGAUGUUCUGAAACAGCAUGGGCUAGCCCCUGAGGUUGACAAUGAAGAACUCAAAAGCAGUGAUAUUUUUGCAGAAAAUGUUGCCAAUUUAAUUGUGGAUGCUAUUUCUGAUUAUCUUUUUCACCCACUGUUUUCUGGGGAUUUGUCAGCUUCUUCCUAUGCUACUUUAACAGCAGAGAACAUUAUUCAGAACAUCUUUAGUGACAGCAGUGAAACUACUAAGUCAAGCCAGCAUCUAUCUCCAUCUAACACCUUGCUGCCAUACACAUUUUUAGAAGCCAUAAUUAGAGUACUGCUAUCUAGAAUCUUUCCUUCUACAUCUAACAUGGUUCCAUGCAGUGAAACUCCAAAAGGUAGAUUAGGAAUUAAUUGCAGUGAAAUCUCUUCAAAGCUAAUCAGUGAUAUUAGGAUGAAAAUUUCCCAACAUGAAAUUCGAUUUUCAAAAGAUGAAGAAACCAAAUCUACUUAUUCAGAGGAUGAUGCUCAGCAUCUUGCUGAUUAUGUAUUAAGAAAUAUCUUGCAAAAUUCUGGGUCUAAAGAAGCAGUUGAGCAUGAUAUCACAAACAGUAACAAUGUUCUUAUUGACAGAUUAGCAGGUUUUAUCAUUAAAAAUAUCUGUCAGCAGCAUCUCCAUCCAUUUGUGUAUGAAAAGUCAUUACUUCCUCCAUCAUAUACACAUUUUGAUGAUAUGGGAAAGCAGCAUGUUUUUGUUGGUGUUUACUCCUCAGCCUUUUUGGAAGAUGUAAUCACUGGGGUUUUAAGCAAAAUAUUCCACAGGGUGUGUAUUGUGCAAACAAACUCAAUAAGAGAUUCAGGAAAAGAACUGUUGGCAACAGCUGAAAAACUCAUAUAUUUGAUAACGGAAGAAUUCUCAAAAGCUCAAGUUAGCAUCCUAGAAAAUGCAAAGGAACAAUUGUGUUUGCCACCAGUACACAGAGACAUAGUGAUCAAAGUUAUUGACACAGUGUAUAGCAAAGUUUUACAAGAAUAUGAACUGGGACCUGAUAAAGGCUUUCUUGAGGAUACAAAAACAUUGGCUGAAAGGGUAACUAAAAUUACACUGGCUGAAGUUUUUGAUUUCCAAAUUCAUCCAGAUUUUAUAGCAAAGCUGCCUUUUAAAUCAUAUUCAAGACUCAAUGCUGAUGUUUAUAGAGUUCAUUAUGCUAUUAGUAAAUCAAGACCCCGAAGACAGACCUCUACAACAUAUACCACUGUAUUAUCACAUACACAUUUGGAAAAAAUAGUCACUCAGGUUUUAUCUCAGAUAAGUCCAUUGAACUGCAGUGCAGAAGACCCGGAUUUUUUGCAGUCAGACUUCAGCAAUGCAUUUGUGAGGCUGAUUGGUGAAACUAUGUCAAUAAUUUCUAAACAUGCAAUAUGCAUUAUUAAACAUGGAAAUGAAAAACAAAAUGUGACUUCAAAGAAAGACAUCCAGGCUAUGGUUGAGGCCAUUUACACUGAUAUUUCUCAUUCAAGUCUAUACCAAUCUCUUACAAAAGAUAAAGAAGGCAUGAAUAAUAUACCUAUUACAAAAAUAGCAAGUUAUAUAAUAAAAGAAAUAUUUAACCAUCAUUUUGAGUCAUUUUUAUCUGGAGAUAAAACUUUUCCUUCAGGUACAGUGGGUCAAACUUAUCAACAGAGAGCAACAGAUCCUGAACAAAGAGAAUUAUUGUUUAUUGUGAAUUCAGCUGUCUUUUUAGAGGAUGUAAUUUCUGAGCUUUUAUGCAGAAUCCUCUAUGUAUUCUCACAUAAUGUCUUGGCUGCUGAGAACCCAUGUAAAGCAAAAGCCAACAUAACUAACAUUGUUACAACAUUAGUAAAAUCAAUUGUGCUGGAAUUCACCAUGUCAGAAAUUUUAGUUGCAGAUCACUUGGAUGAAAAACUGUAUUUUUCAGAAGGAUAUAAAGAAAUGGUUAAAAAAACUGUCAGCCUAAUUUACAAAAAAAAAUUAGAUGAUUAUAAAUCUCUGAUUCAUAUUUAUAGAGCUAUACAAAGUGAUGCUGUUAGUUUUGGGGAAAAAAUAGGUUAUUUGCUACUAGAAGAAAUUUAUGAUUAUCAAGUGGAGUCAUUAGUUUUGGGAGAAUUAGCAGCUUAUUCCUAUUCCUCCCUCCAAGAUGAGAACAUCAUCAGAAAUGUGCUUGACACCAUCAACAAUGAUAGCCAUGUUGUGCCAUCAUGUAUGACUGUAUUUCCAUGUUCCCUUUUAGAAGAUAUUAUUUACAAGCUUCUAGCACAUAUAUUCCCUUCAUUUGAGACUGAAACUGAACUAAAUGAGAAAGAGGUGCCACCAGAUUAUGAGUUUGUGAAUGCAGCUUCAAAACUGACUGAUGAAAUUAUAACAGAAAUUUCUGAACAUGAAAUUAGACUUGCCACAGCAGAGGAGCAUGUGGAAAGUAUGCAGUUAGGGGCAACUGAGAACUUUAUUGACUCCAUAUGUAAUAAUAUUAUGAAAAAAAUUAAAUUAGAAGAUGAAACACAGAGCAAUACAUGCAAAAAGGGAGACUCAUUCCUCAAGAGAAUAGCUGGUUUUAUUAUGAAAGAAAUUGUGGACCACCAUCUGCAGCCAUUUUUACAUGAUGAAGAAUCACCUCCCUAUGACUUACCCAAAAAUGACCACAUCAUUGAACUCUUAGAACUUGAUAAAGUAAACAAACAGUCCUUCCCACAGACUUCUGUGUAUUCUGCUACAUUUUUGGAAGAUGUCAUAAUUGACCUUGUUCACAAAUUUUAUACUCUCCCAAGUAUUGCUGAAAACCCUAAGGACAAAGAGAUAUCAGAAGAAGACCUCAUGGGCAUGGCUAUAAAAUUUGCAAAUGCCCUGACUGGGGAAUUUCAGAAAAGUAAGAUUAAAGUCCUAGCAAAUGCUGGAGAAAUGUUUUCUUUUCCACCAAUAGAUAAAGAGACAGUCAAUAAAGUAUCUGAUUCUGUAUACAAUGAGGUGAUGGAAAUGUAUGGAUCUAACAACGUUCAGAAAGAUGAUGGAAGUAACAUUGUUAUAGAGAUGAUAGCUGCUUUAGCCAAAAAGGCAAUCUCUGCUUUCAAGAUUCAACCCCUUUUUUCAGGAGACUGGUCUUCCACCUUCUUUUCAUUUCUAAAUGUGGAUAACAUCAUCCAAAGAGUUCAACACCUACCAUAUAAUAACUUUACAAAAAUAAACAGAAGCUUGAAGAACCACCCAGUUUUUUCACUAGAAGAGUUAUCUACACUUACUUCUCUGACUUCAGGCCUGAAAGAUGUAAUGGACACUUUGGAAAUAGGUAGAGGAGCACUUCAUGGAAAGGGGAAUUUCAAAAAGGAGGACACAUCUAUGAAAAUAGGCAGCAUCCAUGAGCCAACCUGUGCCACUAUACCUAGCAUUAUGAAGGGUGAAUUAACUACCCUAGCAUCGGGGUUAGUUGGAGGUGUGGCAAAUAAAAAGAAAGGGGUUCUAAGAAAAUCCCCAAACCCCCUACAUGAUAAAGCAGCAUAUGUAACUCAAGAGGAUGGCAAAAAUUUUGCCCAGCCUGCCUUAACAAAUUCAGCUAAAGAGAAUGUUCCUGCAAAAGAGGAAGAGAAUGAGAAAACUAAAGAUAAAGAGAUUAAAAGUAAACCAGACAGUCCAUCAGAAAAUAACCCCAGGUUUUUUCCUGCUAACUUUUUAGAAAAUGUUAUCUCUGAAAUAGUUAACAGAUUGAUUUUUAAUUCCUCACUGGGUACAGAUGCUGCAUGUCAAAACGUAACCAAUAAUGUAAAUCAAGCUGAGGUCUAUGACACAGCUAUGAAACUCAUUGAUUCUCUGUUAAAAGAAUUUUCAGAUGCUCAAAUUAAAGUAUUAAGCCCAGGUCAGGUUGGCCAGUUCCUCCCAUCUGCAGAUAAAGUUUCGUCUGUUCACAAUGUACCUCUCAGGCAAAAAGAGCCAUCUGUGGAUAAAGCACCUCCCCAGAAAAAAAUGGCACCUGCAACUAAAACACCUUUUUCUGAUGAGGCACCUUCAAUGGCUAACAUACCAUCAAGUGAUAAAAUGUUGGUCAAUAAGAUUGUUCACUCCUCUAUAUGCAAUAUUUUGCAGGAAUAUAGAUCUCAAGACUCCAUUUAUAAGGACAUAAAUAGCAAUGGUGAAAAUUUAGUAAGAAAGCUAGCUAAUGCAGUAAUAGAAGAAAUUUUGCAGCAUCAGCUCAACUUGCUACUUUAUGAUGAGGUUCCAGCUGCAGCAUGUUUGCCUCUAGAAUCUAAGCAGAUUAUGAUAAAGGUCCAUAACGUAGUCCAAACAGCCUGCAAAGAAUGUCAAACAUCAUCACCAUAUACCAUAAUGCUACCUUGCAAAUUUUUAGAAAGUAUAAUUUCUUCUCUCCUAUCAAAAAUUUUCUCAACAGUAUCCAAUGCUAAAACAGGAAUAUCUGAAGAUAAUUUGUACGCAGAACUGGAUUUCCUUCAAAUGAAGUUAGUAGGUACAAUUAUGGCAGAGAUCUCCAAAGAUGAAGAUAUGAUUGUACAGUAUGUAGAAUCCUUACAUCCUAAUGAUGAUGAAAUUAUUCAAUUGGUUGUUCAGACAAUUUAUAAUAAUCUAUUGCCACAGUUUGGAUCUCAAGAGAGCAUACAAAAUUGUGUCAGCAGUGGUUGCAGAAUCCUUUCAGAAACCAUAGUUAAUUUAGUUAUACAGGAAGUGGCUGGCAACCAGUUGCAGAACUAUUUUUCUGGAGAGCUAACACCACAUCAAUGUAUAGAAGUUGACAAUGUUGUUGAAAAUAUCCUUAAAGAUGUUAUCCAAACCACUGAAGUUCCCCAGCCUCAGCCAUCAUGGGCUUACAAACUGCCUUUUAACAUAAUAGAAGAGGUUGCUGUAAUUUUUUUGUCAAAGCUUUUAUCUAUGUUUCCAAAAGUGGAUAAGAAACAAAACAAUUCUCUAAAUGCUGAAAUGCAAACAAUAAUCUCAAAAAUCUUAAACUCAUUCCAAGAACAUCUCUCUAAAAGUCAAAUUAUUAUCGUGCCACAGGCCAAAGAAUCACCCACUGUAUCUUUAGCAGAUAGUACAACUAUUGAAAAAGUGGUUACUUCUGUCUAUAACAGUGUUUUAAGGCGCUCUGGCUCUCAUAUUUCAGUGUAUAAAGAUUUAAUAGGUAAGAGCAAUGUUCUCUCUGAUAUAAUAGGAUUUUUAAUGGUGAAGGAAAUUUCCAAUUCAGAAUUUCAUCCUCAAGUAGAAGGAGAAACAUCAAGUCCAGAGUUGGUUCUGGAAGCUGUCAAAAUUAUGGAAAAAGUGGUUAAGAUUAUUGAUGGCCUCAAGUCAAGGAAAAAGCCUUCAACCAAAAAAGAGACUGUGUUAGAUGCCAGGUUUUUAGAGGAAACCCUGGCCUUGUUCUUGGCUAAACUAAUAAAGUUGCCAAGUGCCUCAGGCAAAAAUGCUAAAGAAUUAUCAAAGUGUGAGGUAAAUAAAAUUGCAUCUCAAUUGACAAAAUCUGUGACAGCUGAAAUUUCCAGAAAUAAUAUUAAUGUUGUAGCUACUAAUCCUGAAGAAAACUUUUUAAAUCCAGAAAGUAUAGAAAUUAUUUCUCAGAUGGUCGAUUCUAUUUAUAAUCAUGUACUACAACAAUCUGGAACACAUGAAGAACUUUAUUAUGACAUGAAAGGUACAAACAAUGUCUUCUCUAAACAGGUAGCUUCUUUAAUCAUCAGUAAAGUUUCCAGUUGUCCAUUAGAAACAAUUAGCCUACAAGAUUCACAGGCUGAUCUCUUUGGCGAUUUGGAUGUUGGUCGAAUUGUUGAAAAGGUGCAUGACCAUGGUGUUAAAAGAGGGCCUGAGCUAGAGCAAAAAGAAUUAGGUCAAGAUUUAAGCAAAGAGGAACUUCCAAUUAAAAUAAUUCCUCACCGUGGGAAACAACCAAUCAAUAUUGAUCCAGAUAUUGUUGCAGAACACUUAGGAGUCAUUUCUAUAAAAACACAACCUCUUGAGAGACUGCAGAUGGAGUGUUUAACUAGAAUUGGACAUAGCAUUGAAGCACUGAGAAGAAUGGCAAUAAGUGGGAGGAGUCACUCAGUGGACACACCUGAUGCAGGAAAGGGAAAGAAAGAAAGACGCGUCUCAUUGGAUGAAGGGGGACGACUGAAUAUAAAGCCAUUAGAGACUGCGAGUAGGAAUUCAUUUCAAAAUUUAAUAAAGCCUGACAUCACCAAAGUGGAGCUUUUAAAAGAUGUCCACAGCAAAAAAGAUCUUAUCAUUUGUUUGGUAACUCAUGAUACUGAUCCAAGGGUUUCAGAAAAUAAAAUAGAAGAGAGCUUAACUUCUGAUGAAGAUGAAGUUGUUUUACAAGAGGUUAUGAAAGAACUUCCAGAAGUCCCAUUUGAAGAUCAAGUAAAAGAAGACAUGAAGCCCAUUACAAGCACAGUGGCUUUUGCCAAGCCACUGAUGAGCAAGAGAAAUCUGAAAAAAUUUUUGUCACUAGGAAAAUAUUGUCAUCCCAAAUCCACUGCAACUACAACAAAUACUGAAGCAUCACCAACUCAACGGACAGAAUCUGAGGAGACACAACAAAGAACUGUUUCUAAGCCUGAUGUGACCAAGUCCAAAUCCUCAACUGUCACAGAUUCUUCCUUUUCGGAAAGAAAGACACAACUAAGUAGAGAAGAAAUGAAAUCUAGUACUGAACCGGUACAUUACUUCUUACAUAGAAUUAUGAGUUCAUCCUCGUACAAUGAAGAGGAUCUGCCUUCAUUUUCUAGUGGUGGUGAUCGUCCCUCAGAUCCAAGUGCCAUAGUAUCAGAAGAAAGUCUUGAACGUCCAGAUCUGGAAAGGGCAAGCACAAUUAAGUUUAUCACCCUCUAUCAACAUGAAAGUGGUCUGGGAAGCCUUUAUUCUUCAAAUGAUGGCAUUUCAGGUACAACAUAUUUAUCAUUUUAUAAUGAAGCUCUCAAAUAUGUCAUUCUAAAUAUAGAAGUUUUGAUUAUUCAUUCCCCCCUUGCAGUGAGUGGCUCCUGUCUUGCAGCAGCCUUACCCACCACCAAUAUGGGCAACCAGUGUCAACCAAGUGAACCCCACUACACUGCUCACAAGCUGAUCAAGGCAGCAUCAGGACCAGAUUUAUCUUUUGGUUUGUUUACAGAUGCUGAUAAGCCCAGUACUUCCAAACAGCGGUCUGAAAUGUUGAAGAAGGCAUCAUCAGUUCUGUCCAAAGUGUUUUCAAGAUCCAAGGCCAAUGUUUACAGAUCUUCCUCAACCUCACCCCCUCACUAGGACAGAAGC